UUGCUGCAAGCUAAUAAACGAAUUAAUUCGGUCAUUAGCCAUGGCAACUAAUUUAGUUGCUGUUAGAUGUUCGACAUUCAUCAUUGAAUUCGCGAGAACCGUUUUUUUAAACUCUAUUCUAUUGUUACCCAAUCAUUUAAUUUUAAAUCGUUUCAAAUAUCAAACAUAACCACAACAAACAAAGUCGAAAAGUCGGAGCCAUUGGGCUCAACAGUUUUAAAUGUUUUAACCUUGGCUUUGAUGGUUUCUCAGUUCAAGGAUGUAUUUGAAUCAGAUAGAAGACAACAAACCUGACUUCGUAAAUUAAUCAUCUCGCGUCUUAACAACUAGUCAAUUUGCACUGUGUUCCUUGGAGGCCUAAAUAAUCAGAAUUUCGCUUAGAUUCCGGAUCAACUGAAUAUGGAUGCAUCACCGCUAAGUCGCAACGAUAAGCAAGACCGAUUGCUUACUUUUUUCCGAGAUGAGAAAUUUGUAGACUGUACUUUCACAAUUGAUGACCAAGAAGUUAAGGCCCAUAAACUAAUUCUUGCCUGCAGUAGUCCUGUUUUUGAAAAGAUGUUUCUUGGAGAUCUUGCAUCUAAUGAAAUCAGAUUGGCAGACGUGAAAAUAGAUGAAUUUAGUCAGAUGCUAGAAUUUAUUUACACCGAAAGCAUUAACUUCUCGUCUAUAAUGAAUGCUUGGUCAAUGUUUUACAUAGCAAAAAAAUACAUUCUGGAGGACCUCGUGAAUGUAUGUUUGGACUACAUAUCUGAAAACGUAACCAUGAGCUCUCUGGUUCUAAGUUAUGAAUAUUCCGAGUUGUACAACUUGGAUAAGAUUAAAGACCAAUGCCUUCGUGAUAUUAUAGAUGGAAUAAAUGGAGUUUUUGUUAGUGGCUAUCACAUGAAGCCUUCUACCUUGCGGGCAAUUUUGAACGAGGAUCUCGUGAUUACUAAAAUAGAUUUGCUUUGCAAAAUUGUUGAAUGGGCUAUUAAUGAGUGCGAAUUUCGAGAUUUUAGCCUUUGCCCAGAGAACGCAGUGCAAAUUCUUAGAGAUGAAGAAAUACUGAAACAUAUUAAUAAAAAGUGGUUACUGGACAUGACCUGUGAAUAUUGCAAUGAUAUUUUGGUAAUGUGUCCUUGUGUAGACGAACUUACACAUAAAACCCUUAUGUAUCUGAGUAGUGAAGUGACUUGGGAAGAGAAGCCCGAAAUUGAAAAGUUUGCCAAGUUAGUCCCAUUCAUUUGCAAAUCGAGGAAAGUAUUUAAAAUUGCCCGAAGAAUAGACCUACAGAAUGCGGAAGAAUUCGUCUCUAGUGUGUCUGUGAACACCGAAAUAGUAGUGUCAGGAAUGUUUCUAUGUACUGAAAUGAAUUGCUCAUUUGGAACCCCAGAAGAAUACAAGGGAUGUGUAAUAAUAAGAUUUUGUGAACAAAACUCGGACAACAAUAUUGUUAAGCCCACUAUCAUGAACAAUGUGUUUCCUUAUAACUCUCAAGUGUUUAUUCCUUUGCGAUAUGCUGUGACAUUAAACUCAGAUAAAAUUUACGACAUACGAAUCUCUUAUAAAAAUUUGUUUUCAGAGAAACGCUCUAGUAUUGUCUGCAGUUAUAUGAGUGACGAAUUAGUUGACCCAAAGCGCGGGUACUCAAAAAUGCAUUUUUAUGAUUUCUAUGGCACGAUAAUUAGAGGAGUCGCAUACUAUCCUGUUUAAUUUUUAAUAAAUAUAUGAACCACUCUGUCGAUAUUAUUAACUAAGUAUUUAUUGAUUCUGAAUUAGUGGAUAGUUUAGUGGAAUUAAUAUUAACGUCCAGUGAUAUGAAAGUAUGUACAAAAUGUGCUAUUUGUAUGAUAAUUAAAGAAAAAUAUACUUACACUUAUUUCA